AUGGCUGUCGACACCACGAUCACCUCGUACCUGCAGUCGGUGACCGACUUCGGCACCGGCGCCCAGGAUCGCGAGCAGCUCCUGGACCAGCUGACCGCGGUCGUCAACCGGGAGAACCACUUCCGCAAGCUCUUCGCCCAGCACCGCGACCAUGCCGACCUGCAGGACCCGCACCUGCUGAUGAUCCCGCUGUACGAGCAGGACCCGGCGGCGCUGACGGUGCGCGACCUGGACGAGGCGUCGGUCCCGGGCCCGGGGCCCGGCACCGAGCCGGCCUUCCGCAUGAUGUUCCAGGACACGCCGGAGCAGCGGGGCUUCCGCAAGGCCGCCGGCCAGCUGGCCGUGGCCCCGACGCUGGAGGCCUUCCACCAGAAUUGGAACCUCUUCACGGAGGAGUCCCUGCGCUAUGUGAACUGGGACAAUGUGGUGGCCGCCGGCGGGUCGGUGCUGGCCUGCCUGGCGCCGCUCUUCGACCCGGAGUCGGCCUCCGGCCAGCUGAUGGCCGAGGAUGCGGACGUGGGCUUCGGCCAGGUGGCCCGGGCCGAGGUGGACAAGCAGAAUGACUCCUCCACCAGCACCCUGACCGGGGCCAACCCCACCCCCCCGGGGGAGGCCAUCACCCCCAAGCGCCAGCGGUACAUCUACCACCAUUUGCUGUACCGGUCGUCGGACAUCGACCUCUUCAUCUAUGGCCUGGACGAGGAGGCCGGCCGGGCCAAGCUGGUGGAGCUGUAUGAGGCCAUCUCGAAUGCCAUCCCGCACGCGGCGCUGGUCUUCCGGUCGAAGUACGCCGUGUCCAUCGUCAGCCAGUUCCCCUACCGGCACAUCCAAAUUGUCCUGCGCCGGUAUGCCUCCCCGGCGGAGGUGCUCAUGGGCUUCGAUGUGGACUGCUCCGGGGUGGCCUUCGACGGCCGGCAGGUGUAUGCCGUGCCGCGUGCCCACGCGGCGCUGGUCUUCCAGCGCAACACCAUCGACAUGUCCCGGCGGUCGCCCUCCUACGAGACCCGGCUGUCCAAGUAUGCGGCCCGUGGCUUCGCCGUGCGGGCCCCCUACUACGACUUGGACCGGGUGGAUCCCCAGAUCCUGGAGCGCUCCUUCGCCCAGACCCAGGGCCUGGCCCGGCUGAUCCUGCUGGAGCGCCUGCGCCUGCCGGCCGCCAUCCAGCACUACCGCGAUGAGCAGCGCCUCCGGCGCAUGCGCAACGACUCCAAGGAUGCCCUGGGCACGGAGAGCACGGUGGCCGGCCGCGCUGGCGGCCACCUCCGCCGGCAGAUCGAGUACAAGCUCAGCAACGAUGCCUUCCUGCGUGACCGGCUUCUGGGGGCCGAUGUCACCGAGAUGUCGGACUACGCCACGGUCUUCCUGCCGUGGGGGCCCAAUUGGACGGCCUCCAGCGUGCAGCGCCUCAUGCGCGAGAAGGACCAGAUGCUCAACAGCCCCUGGUUCGACCGGACCAAGUCCUACCACACGCACCCGUGCUUUGUGGGCCGCAUGUCGGCCGUCCUGCGGGACUGCUGCGGCUUCUGCCCGCCCUUCCCGGCGGACUUCGACGUCGAGGAGUCCUCCUUCGUGCAUGGGCCGCUGCGGUUCAUCGCCGACGACCCGGGCCGGCAGUCGAUCGGGUCCUUCCGGCCCAUCACCGAUGGCGACUGGCUGGAGCCGGCCUUCCUCAAGGAGUCCACCAACCUCCUGGCCAUGGCCGCCACCAGUGGCGACCUGGGCCUCGUGCAGCAGGCCAUGGACAUCGAGUCGGAGCGGGUGGUGCGCGAGCGCCAGGAGCUGACCUCCGCCCGGGAGGCGGCCCUCCAGGCGGUGGCCGAUGCCCAGGCGGCGGUGGCCGCGCUGGAGCAGCAGGCCGGCACCGGCCCCGGUGCCUCGGCGGCGGCGGCGGCGGCGGCGGCGGCGGCCGAGGCGGCUGCCGCUACCGCCGCCGCCGCCGCCCCCUCGGUCGAGGAUGACCAGGCAGCGGCGGCCGCGGCCGAGGUGGCUGCCACGAAGGCCGCGGCCGCGGCGGCCAAGGCCGCCUCGGCCACCUCCUUCGACAAUGACGAUCUGAUCGAGUGGAUUGAUCUGGCCGGCGAGGCGGCGGACCUGGCGGCGGAGUCGGCCGCCGUGGCGGCCCUGGCCGCCGGGUCGUCGCUGGAGGCGGCGGCCGCGGCCGCGGCGUCCGGCCAGCCGGCCGAGCCGGCGCCCCUGGUCGAGGCACGCGCGCGGCUGGCCGCCGCCACGGCCGACCUGGACCAGCUGACCCAGCGUCUGGAUGACCUGGUGGGCCUGCGGCUGGAUGCGCGCGAUUCGCUGGGCCGGACGCCGCUCAUCCUGGCGGUGCUGGCCAACCAGCGGCCGGUGGUGCAGCUGCUGCUGGCCACCGGGCUGCGCGCGCUCCGGGCCUCGGUGCUGCGCCUGCGCCAUGGCGACGCGGCCGCGGGCGGCCUGACCGAGGCCGAGGCGGCCCUGCUGGCCGAGCUGGACCCGUGCCUGGUGCUGCGCAUCCCGGAGCUGGUGCAGCCCAGCCUCUCGGAGCGGGCCUUCAACGGCCGGACGCCGUUGCACUUUGCCGCGCACUACGACCGGCCGGAGAUCCUGGCCGAUUUGCUGGAGUACAAUCGCGAGGUGUACCUCCUGCUGCAGGAGGCCCGGCGCAUUCGCGAGGAGCUGGCCCUGCCGCCGGUGGACACCGAGCCGGCCGAGGCGGCGGUCGCCGCCGCCACCGCCGCCGCCAGUGGCGCCGACUCCAACUCCGACGACGACGGCGGCGAUGACGACGACGACGACGACGACGACGACGACGGCGACGACGAGGACUACGAGUCGGCCGAGGAGGACGCCGACUCGGACGCCGACUCGGACGCCGACAUCCAGCUCCUGGCCAACAUGGAGUCCGAUGAUGAGGAUGGCGACACGGCGGUCGGCAGCAAGUCCCGGCGGAUGCUGGUCCCGGCCGGGGCCCUGGCCGACCGGAAGGCCCGGCUCCUGGUGCGGGAGCCCUUCGUGGCGGUGGACUGCGAGGAUUGGGACGGCCACCUGGCGCCCCUGCACUAUGCCAUCCUCUUCGGGCAUGUGGCCUGCGUGCGGCUGCUGCUGGAGCACGGGGCCAGCCCCUCGCGCCCGUGCCUGGCCCUGCGCGACAACGAUCGCGAUGGGCUGACCCCCCUGAUGCUGGUGGCCUUCAUCGAGGACACGGCCACCGCGGUGGCCAUCGCCCGGCUGCUGGUGGCCCCGCCGGGGGACCUGGCGCCGGGGGCCCUGGCGCGGGUGCUGCCGGCCGAGCAGGCCGCCACCGUGACGGCGGCCGCGCGCGAGCCGGCCUCCCUGUGCGACCUGCUGGUCUCGUCGCAGGUCAAUGUCCUGGGGCUGUAUGCCAUGCGCCUGCGGGCGGACCUGCUGCGGGACUUCGUGCGGCCCUGCUUCACGGACGAGCAGCUGGCCCCGCUGCUGGCCCAUGUCAACACCCAGCAGCUGAACCCCCUGGGGCUGGCCAUCCGCAUCGGGUACAUGGUGGCCCCGAGUGGGCGUGGCCGCCGGUCGGUGCCGGCCCUGCUGCGGGACGGGCUGAGCCGCGCCGCGCGCGAGGCCCUCACCCUGGACACGGUGCGCGCGCUGCUGGCCCUCGGCACGCCGGUGUGCGUGCGCCUGUCCCACCUGACCGCCUCGUAUGACCUGUACCAGUCGCUGGGCCGGCGCAUCGGCGGGUAUGUCAGCGAGCGGGCGUACCGCGACCUGACGAACGUCGGGCAGCCGCUGCACGCGGCCCUGGAGGCCAACCUGCCGGAUGUGGUGGAGGCCCUGAUGGCUGCCAUGCAGCCGGCGGACUACUAUAUGUCGUCGAAGAAGAUCCAGCAGACCUUCCCCGCGGAAUUCGCCAACUACGACGACUGCCAGCGGACCAACUUCAACCCGCUGGACUUCCUGAUCGUGGCCGCGGCCGACAUCGUGCGGCAGAAUGCCGGCAACCCGGCCCUGCUGGCGGCCUUCCGCGAGGUGGCCCCCGACAUGAUGAUCCUGGUGAACAGCAUCUACUCGGAUGAGGAGCUGGAGCUGCCGGCCGACGGCCCGGACCAGGUGGUCGUCAACACGGCCGGCCUGGAGGUGGACCACAUCCAGCGCCUGGUCGGGGCCCUGGCGGCCGGCAUGCGUGCCAGCCUGGAGCGGGCCUUUGCCCAGGUGACCGGCGUCGUGCCGACCGCCACCGACCCGGACGCCGACCUGGACCUGCAUCUGGCGGACUUGGAGAACCGGCGCUUCUUCCCGGCCUACCAGGCCCCGGAUGCGGGUCUCUGGCGGGCGGCCGGCGAUGUCACCGGCCUGCACAUGCCGCCGGAGCACCUGCUGGAUUCGGAUGACGCGGUGUUCAUCCUGCGCAAUGCCAUCCGCCUGCGGGACCGCGUGGACCGGGAGACCCGGAACCCGGACAGCAAGUUCGGCCGCCCGGUGCUGGUGCCCUUCCACCAGUCCAGCGACCAUGUGAAUGUGGUCCUGCGCCAGCGGCGCGAGCUCCUGCGGGAGAUUGCCCGGCUUGACGCCCUGGCCGGGUCGGAGCCGGGGGCCGCCGCCGCCGCCGCCGCCGCCGGGCCGGGGUCCAGCCACAUGGCGGCCGUCCUCCGGAAGACCGACCUGCGCCGUCUGAACUACUCCCUGGGCCUGGCCCUGGACGAGGAGGACAUGCUCCUGGCGGGCGGGGCCCCGGGCGACCAUGCGGCUGCCGGCAGCAGCCAGCUGGACCGCCAGUCGGUCCUGCGCAUUGCCGUGGCCGACCUGAUCAACGACACGCUGGAGAACCUGGCGGACCUGCGCGCGCAUGUGUUCAUCGACACCAUGCGGCGCAUGGGCCGGCUGCUGGCCCUGCUGACCGGGCGCUUCGGCCUGAGCGCCACCUUCAAGGUGCAGUUUGCCCCGGGCCAGCGCAAGCGCGUGCACCAGGGCGGCUUCGACGACCCGGCGGUGCUGGCCGUGUCCACGGCCACCCAAUUCCACCAGGCCAACCUGGCCAACUUCGCGCCGGCCGGCCUGGUGGACGUCCUGCUGGCGGACCUCACCGGGCCGCGGCUGCUGGCCGAGAUCCGGGCCCGGUCCGGCCUGGAGGCCGAGCUGGCCGAGCAGCCGCUGCUGGCCACCUUUGCCGGGGCGCUGGCCGACAUGGGGGCCGAGCACCUGGCCACCACGUGCCAGGCCCCCGGCAGCCAGGAGGAGGCCAGCGCGGCGGCCAGCACGGCGGCCAGCGCGGCGGCCGACGAGGCCGGCUCCCCCUCGCCCGGCAGCGCGCCCCCGGUGGCCUUCAAGUACCCCACGGCCCGGGCCGAUGUGGCGCCGCUGCGGCUGGCGUUCAAGGCCGGCGAUCGGAUCGUGCGCGGCGAGCACAUGGAGGCCAUCUACCGGGGCUUCUUCGAGGCGGUGCUGGCCGGGGACCUGCCCCGGGUGGCGGACCUGACCGACAGCAAGCGCCAUGGCGACCGGGUGGCCCUGGUCCACUGCCACUUGGUGGACUCGGUCAUGAGCAACCCGCUGAUGCUGGCGGUGUGCCACCUGGCGGACCCGGCCCCGAUGCUGGGGCUGCUGCUGCGGCGCCUGGCCCAGCAGUACCGGCCGCAUGUGAGCAAGGCGGCGGUGCAGCUGCUCCGGUCCGGCGCGGUGGACCCCGGCGCCGGGCGCAGCUCGCGCGUCAACAACCUGGCCCUGCUGGCAUCCGCCGGCGGCAGCCGGUACGACAGCGAUGGGGACCUCUUCGACAGCGAUGACGCCGACGAGUCGGACUCCUACGGCGACAGCGACUCGGCCGACAACGAGGACUCCAUCUUCCUGGACCUGGAGGCGGCGCUGCUGGCGCAGCAGGACCUGCUGGCGGCGCCGGCGGCCCUGACCAAGGCCGAGGCCGCGCGGCAGGCCUUCAGCCGCGCGGCCCUGGCCAACCGGGCGGCCCAGCGGUCCAUGCGCGACUCGGCCGGCGGCGAGCCGGCGGCCGGCCCCGGCCCCGGCCCCGGCAAGCGCCCGGCCAAGGGCCACCUGCCCUACUGCCCGGUGCACCCGGUGGAGCUGCUGGACAAUGUGGAGGGCAUGUGCCUGGUGACGCACCGCCGGGCCGGGCACACGGAUGCCCAGCUGGCGGCGGUGCUGCGCCUGGCCGACGACCUGAUCCCCCAUGCCCGGCACCACUACUACAAUUGGUACUACCAGCGCGGGGCCAACCGGCGCCUGCACCCGGCGGAUUCCGCCGGCCUGCCGGACAUGCGGGACUGCCUGCUGGAUGGGCGCCGGGCCGAGGACCCGCGCCUGGACGGCCAUGUGCAGCAGUUCCUGCGCGGCCGGCACCUGAGCGCCAGCACCGGCAUGGACCCGCGGCCGUCGCAUGUGGUGCCGCUGACGCUGAUGCACAUGGUCCUCUUCCAGGCGGCCGGGCUGGGCGACGAGUCGCAGGCCCUGGCCCUGCUGCUGGCAUUGCUCAAUGGCCUGCAGCUGGUGGACGAUUAUGCCGUGCGGCUGGCCACCCUGGCCGCGGCGGCCCAAGGCCAUGCCGCCUUCCAGGCGCCGCUCUUCCAGCUGGGCGAGCGCAUGAUGGCCAACAUGUGGCGCGGGUACCGGCAGCCGGUGGCCCUGCCGCUGGACAUGGCCAUUGCCAUGGGGCUGCCGCGGUCGCUGCUGCUGACCAUGCUCCGGCGCUUUGGCGGCGGGUUGCACCUGUCGAUGGUGCCGCUGCCGGCGGACCUGCCGACGGCCAGCACCCGCCGGCACACGGUGCUCACCCGGCACACGGAGACCGGGCUCUUUGCGCCGCGGGCGGCCGGCGGCGAGGGGCUCCGGAGCUCCGGCCCCAACAUGAGCAUGCUGGUGCAGCUGACCGGUGGCCCGAGCAGCUUCACCGAUGCCGGGAGCUCCGCCACCGAGGAGGGGACCCUGGUGUCGCGCCUGGGCGACUUCCACCAUCCGUUGGGGUUCAUCGCGCCGCCGGUGCGGGCCCUGCUGGCCGGGCAUGUGGACCUGGCCCGGUGGCUGGCCUGUGACCCGGCCCCGCGGCAGGCCUUCCUGGACUUCUGGCAUCGGGCGGUGUCGCGCGUGCCGGUGGGCCAGGCUUGCGCCCGGGCCCUGGCCGACCCGGCGGCCGCGGCGCUCCUGGUCCCGGCCUCCGAGCGCAGUGUCCUGCGUGGCCUGGCCCGGGAGAUGUUCUUCGAGCCGGAGCCGCUGCUCCGGUCGCUCUUCCGCCUGGACACCGUGCUCAAGGUGCCGCCCAUGUGCCGGCAUGGGUACUAUGCCAACACGUCGCCCGGCAACUUCACCCAGUACAUGACGGCCCCGGCGGCCCUGGCCAUGGCGGACAAUGGGCCGGGCCUGCACACCCUGCGGGGCAUCCUGGCCGAUGACCCGGCCUAUGGCCUGACCCCGGGGCAGGUGGCCGACCUCGGGGCCGUCGGCUGGUACAGCGGCACGGACCUGGCCCCGAACAGCGUCCUGCACCAGACCCGGCCGCUGUACUGGCAGCAUGUGGAGGUGCCGACGCGGCCGGUGUCCACUCGGCAGGUGGCCCAGGCGCCGUUGGCCAUGGCCGCGGCAUUGGGCCAUGCCCGGGCCACGGAGGCCCUGCUCCGGGACUUCGCGGCCGACCCGCUGGCGGCCGACCCGGUGACCGGCUGGACGCCGCUGCACUUCGCCGCGCACCAGCACCAGCCGGUGGCCGUGCGGCUGCUGCUGGAGGCCAUUGCCGGCGGGGCCGGCCCGGCCGGCGGCAGCCCGGGCCAGCGCCUGCGCGAGGCCCUCUUCGACCGCCGCUGCCUGCUGGCCGGCCUGACCCCGGUGCACCUGGCCGCGCAGGAGGACGCCCAUGCCGUGCUCGGGGAGAUGGCCAUGGCCUUGGCUCGUGCCGAUGCCGGUGCCGGUGCCGAUGCCGAUGCCGGGUCGGCGGCCGAGCCGAUGCCGGUGUCCCCGGCGCGGCUGCUGCUGGCCCGGGCGGAGCUCCUGCACCCGGACCGGCAGUCGGCCGCCGGGGAUGGGGCCCUGCAGCUGGCCCUGCGUGCCGGGCAUCUGCUCCUGGCGGUGGACAUCGUGCUGGACCUGGCACUGGCGCGCUUCGGGGCCGCGCCGCUGGCCGCGGCCGCGGCCGGCCACCACCUGUCGGCCGCCGACCAGGAGGACGCCCUGGCCCGGCUGGCUGGGGACUUCUUCGAGCUGCUGGAGCGCCGGGCGGCGGCGGCGGCGGCGGCGACGGCGACGGCCGGCGACGACGACCACCACCAGGCCCCGGCCUCGCCCGAGGCCGAUGCCCGCUUCGACUGGGCCCUCCUGCGCCGGGCGGCCCUCGGGGAGAAUGCCUUCGGCCUGUCGGCCGCCGACCAGGUGUUCAUCCUGCACCGGGAGCUGCUCGGCGCGUCGGACUCCUCCAGCGAGGUGUUCCACCCGGAGGCCCUGGCCUGCGGGGCCCUGACCCGGGCGCUGGGGGUCGUGGCGCCGGCGGCGAAGCCGGCCCUGCCCCGGUCCCCGGUGCAGGGCCCGCUGCCGGCCGCCGUGGCCACCCCGGCCGGGCCGCAGUAUGUCACCAACUCGGCCCGGUGCUUUGUCCCGCUGCUGGACCUGAUGGUGCUGCUGUCGCGCGCGCCGGCCGGCCACCCGGGCAGCCCGGUCCCGCGCGGGGUGCUGAGCGCGGCCCGCGUGCGCGAGACCCUCUUCGCCGUGGCCGACCGCACCAUGCAGCACCUGGAGAUGCUGCCCUCCAACCGGCACUUCCGCAACCCCUACUCCUACGACUAUUCCAGCGGCCGGGGCAAUGCCCCCCGCCGGGAGCACGUCAAGCCCGAGGGCUACCCCUACCCGGAGAAGGUGCAGAUCAUUUCCACCAAGAACCAGCCGGACUUCUUCACCAACCGCGCCCUCCUGGUGGAUGUUGCCGCCGAGUGA